CUUCCGAACUUCUCUCUAGUUUGCUGAUGAAAAGUGUGCACAUUUAGUUCGUAUCUUGUAUUUCUCUGUAUCCGCGCUGUUGAUACUGUAUAUUCAAAAUGGAAAACAUCAUCACACGAGUGCGAAUUGUGGGUCACACAUCCGUUUAAUGAACAAAACUACACAACGGUCAACACGAGUGCAGAAGUUGCAGAACUUGAUCUACAAACUGCUGCAAACUGCAGACUAGAAGAAUUUCUGCCUGAAUUUAAUUUGUUUGUGUUUACUAGUACCACUAGUACCAAUAUUGUUUUUAUUUCACUUAAAAGAAAAGAGUGCCCGCGUGUUUGUGUGUUAGUUUACAUUUUCCAAUGUUGGUUCUAGCUUCUAGAGAUUAAAAGACUCAUAACAUGGAAAACAAAAUCAAACGAGUUAGGAUUGUUGGUAAAGGACACUCUUCUUGUUUUGAAAGGUUAUUGCUCGAGUGGUACAGACGAGAGAGCUUUGUUGAUGUAAUUCUGACAUGUGUUGGUAACCCUGAUAAUUUAAAGGAUGCAGCUGUACCUCACCAGAUAUCUGCAAACCGAAGUGUAUUGGCUGCGGCAAGUCCGGUGUUUGCCACCAUGUUUCGCGAUAAUCCAAUAGUAGAAGAAGAUGUUCAUGUCUCGGUUGUUGGCUUUUCGUACACUUCACUCCGCUCCGUUAUUGAAUAUAUUUACACUGGUUCACUCGAAUUUUUUGAGCGUGACAAGAAUCAAAUCAGAGAAAUGCUCAAGGAUUUUCUCAUCCCAAUUCCGAACACAAAAAAUUUCGCGAAGGAACAACAAGAGUCAAUUAACGUAACAACUGAAGAAUUCAUCACUGAACCCACAGAGGAACCUUUCCACGAGCCAAUCGCAGAGACCAGAAUAGCAGUUGAAAAUGAAACCAGAAAAGAGCAAGCAAAAGAAGGAGAUAUUCAGAUUAUAUCCUCCGUUUCCUUGGCAAAUGAGGUCCAGAUUAUACCGCCAACUAAAACGAAUCGCGCGAAUAAGUUAAGCUCGCUGGCUCCAAAAGCCAACACUCGUGCCGCUAAAAGUUGCGCAGAAACACCAAUUUCUUCACGAAUAAACAUUCUUCGGUCAAGGAAAAAGACAAAUCAACACGAUUUGCAGGCUGCUGAAGAUCCAACCACAACGAAUGUGGUUGCGAAGGUGCCUAAUGCAAUCAAAUCCGUUUCUAAAAUCACGAAACCAUUAAUUAAAAAGCCUACAAAUGUUAAGACCAAUUCUAGAGACUUAAACCUAUCUUUAACAGAACCAGACAUUAAUCUAGUUGAACUAACCACUGCUGCUCAACAGAAUGUGAUUCGCAUAUUCAGUCGUAACGUAGAAGCGCAAGUUUCUAAAAAGAAACAAACUACUUUGGAGACACCUUCACUUGCGUUUACUCAGCGUGGAUUAGUCAAGAGUUUCCCUGAAAAGUCAAUCGUUCAAUCUGACAGCGUCUUUGUUCCUCCGGUUAGGUUAGACGUUCCAACCAUGAAAAAUGGCCGAUACGUUUUUACUGUCACAGAAGAAAUGGCGAGAGCUGCUGAUUACCGAAAAAUUCUAUCGGUAAUGUACGAAGUCCCUGGAAUUUACACUUUUUAUCGAGAACGCCCAACUCCAAACAUCGACGUAAUGCCAUUCUUUGAACCUCUUGAACUCCCCAAGAGCCACAUCUUCGUCCCGUCAUACUUUGAUAAAAAGCCCUCGCAAACCUACCAAGAAAGGCCUUCUUCAAGGUCUCUCCGCCCAGCGCAAGCAAAUAUUUCCCUUUCAGGAUUCAGGAUCGAAGCGGUUCACCAAUUCAACGGUAAAGUUCAUAUUUGCACUUUGGGAGAACCAGUUGUUAAUCAAGCAUCGGAGACUCUAUUUGAGGACCACCCACUGUCGUACCUCCACCCGGAACAAGUGGUCUCUCGCUUAUCUCUGGAACACAAUUAUUCAUUUGGUGAGACACCACUACCUACGGAUAGUGAAUGCUCCAAUCGCAACGAAUUGGCUAACGAUUUGGAAGACUACAAAAGCGCUAUCCAACUGGCGAUCAAUCAACAACGUCGCAAAAACAGAUUGAAACAUCGCAUUGAUUCUUACUCUAAAGAAAUUUCUACAUUGAAGCGCCGAGCCGUGGAACUGCUUGAAAUAUGUAGCAAUAUGUAUGAUGGUCACGAAAUGGAUUCUGAAUACCAAAAACCCGCAAAAAAGAAAGUACAUAACAAGCAAUCAAACAACGAUCCUGCCGAUGAUAUGGAUGAAAAAGUUCCUUGCACCGAGUGCAAUAAACUGAUUAAGAGGAGCUGGCUUAAACAACACAUGGUGAUCCUUCAUUCGGAAGAAAGGAACCACCUGUGCGACGAAUGCGGUCGUACUUUUGUAAUUAAAGCUCAAUUACGAGCCCAUCAACUCCGUCAGCACAAGGCUGUCCCUGGAAAUCACCUUUGUGAACAUUGUGGUCGAUCGUUCCGAUUCGCCCGUUAUCUGAAUCGCCACAUGUCAUUACAUUCAAGUGAGAAGCCCCACGUCUGUCGAUUUUGUGACAAAGCUUUUAGAUUAAAACCAGUGCUGAUCAAGCACAUUCGCACCCACACGGGCGAGAAGCCGUAUAAGUGCACGGUCUGUGGACGAUGCUUCAGACAGAGGACAACUUACGCUACUCACCUCAAAGUUCACGAAAAGAGGCAAGAAGCUGGUGUGGUGGGAGGUGAAGGAUCCGGACUGGGACAACUUCCUCGGCUCAAAUGUGAUUUUUGUUCUAUGACCUUCAAGCUGGAUCUUUUCUUGAUGCUACAUCGAGCCAAACAUACUGGGGAAACUCCUGCAUUGCCUUGCCCGACCUGCAAAGAGACUUUCCCAUCUAUCAAAGAACUCACUCUUCAUCGUAAAGGCCAGCAUCCUGAUACGGUGUAUUCGUGUCAAAUUUGCCCAAAAGUAUUCACGAACAAGGCCAAUUUCGAUUUCCAUGUUCACAAACAUUCUAAUCCUGAUGCUGUUAAGAAAAAAUACCCGAAAGUUGAUCCCGUGGAUACUGGCCCUUGUACUUGUGAUUUCUGCGACAAAGUCUUUAAGAACCGAUCCGCCUUGGAUUAUCAUAUCAAGGGAAUUCAUUUGGGUGACAAGUCGCUUAAAUGCCAGUAUUGCGAUAAAACUUUUUCGCACAAACCGUCGCUGGAGCAGCACAUGCGGACACACACGGGUGAGAGGCCUUACAAGUGCGAUCAAUGUCCAAGUUCAUUUAAACAACAACAACACCUGACGGCUCACUUGGUUGUUCACACUGGUGAACGUCCCUUCAGCUGUGACCAUUGCGACAAGACGUUUCCUCACAAGACUACUUUAUACGCCCAUCUGCGUAUCCAUACAGGUAAGCGACUGAUGUGCACGCAUUGCCGUAAAGUUCUUCCGAGCUUGGCUCAACUGAUGCGCCACGAAGAAAAUUGCCAUUUGAAUACCAACGAAUCGUCUGUUGAGUAAAAAGGCGGGCACCUUUCCUCUUUGUCUUUCUCCCAAUUUUGCUCGGGGUGAAUUA